AUAUAAGGCAGAAUUAAUAACGUUCUUAGAUCUAGUACUUAUCCUGCAGGGGGUGCUAUGAACACACUGUAAAAAUGAAGUAGUGCUUCAACUGGUACUUCAGAGACCCCCCCCACACACACACACACACACACACAGCAGAGCAGCUGUUUCACAUUUUCUACAUUUGUUCUACCUUCGUUCACACAGUACCACCAACGGUACGUGCACCUUAGUUUGAGAACCACUGAAAGAUCCAAUUCUACCAUGGCUGAUAUCUAAACUGAGUUUCUUCUGAAACCCGGUGGGGGGAAAACAGGAAAUGUUCUAGUCUCUGGUUCGUCUAUUUAUGUCUUUGGAAAGGUGUAAAUCCUGGCUCUGUUCAUUUGUGCUCCUCAAACGUCUCUGUUUAAUGAAUCAGCCAGGCAUAUGUGCCCUGCUUUAUUCUACACUCUCAGUAAAUCAAGCCCUGGAAAGAGUACUAAGAACAUUGUAAUUUGAAAAUUAAAAGAAAAUGUAUCCAAUAGUCGCCCUCUAGUGGCUCACAAUAGGAUGUUUCCUGUCCUGUCAGUCUUGGAGAAUUCCGACAGAGGUUCACGUUGAACUCUGUCCCCUUCUGAUCCGACAGUUGUAAAUCUAAAUUUCGUUGUUGUUCAGUGGACGCGUUCAAGCGAAAACGGUUGUUCACGCCACAUUUGUCCGGGCUGUUAUUUUUCACCGUUCACUGUGUUUGUUUGAUGUGACGCAAAACAAGGCAACAGUUCUUGUCCUUGUUUCUCUUUUCAGCAUCACCACCUGGAUCUUCACUUCUGUCCCAGCUUCAGCGCUUUUUAUAGUUCAGGCAUGUUUUCUGUCCAGCCAACCAAAGCAUAUCUCACACACACACCCUCUCUCUCAUUGGUGCUGCUGUCUGAUGUUUGUCCACAGUAUGGAGAGCCCACAGAAGAGCUGCUGGAGCCCAGACUCCAUCGCUCUGAGAGAAGACAUGACCCAGAUAUGUCUGCCUGUGACGCCAGCCUGGGUACAGAUAUUUCUCCUUCCGUUUUGUAUCGGAAACAACUGAAAUCCUCACCUCUGGAACAGACGCCGGUGCUUUAAAAGUCAGUCAGGAAACAUCUUGGAGUAGGUCUGGUAAAGAAUCUCCUAGUUUUUUUUUAUGACAACACAAAUGUCCAGAACUGACGGUUGAGUCCAUCUCUGCUGCCUGGAUGUAAAGUUCCACCUGCUAGGUGGAACUUUUAAAGGAACAGGGCCUUGGAUUUCCUGGGAGUCCAGGAAAAGUUUGAAAUGUUUUGUACUUCUGAUUUCAAAGUGUUUUUUUUUUUUUUUUGUCAGAAUCUUUGCCUGCAUGCCUCGGACAGAUGGUCUACAGUGAAGGCCAAAAAGGUCAACGAUCCUGAGAACUUGAUGGAACUUUUGUCGUGCACCGGAGAACUUUUUUUAAAUUUUUAUUUAAUUACGCUGAUGUUGUUUGAAGUUGAGUGAUGUUUAAAAAACUAGAAAACCUUCUUUCUUUUCUUUUUUCUUUUAUUAGGAUAUAUAAGGCUUGGCAGUGACCAUGUGCAGACUCAUACUCCCUGCUCCAUACACACCUGAUCUCUGCAACAGGUUGUCUCCAGUCUGACGGACUCCUAGGAUCAGAACAUACUGUACGGUGUUAAAACUGCAAAACAACAAUAACUUUCUGCCAGUCUGUGCUGAGAACCUGCAGUGGGAGAUGGUGGGCGGAGCCUAACUGGAGCAGCACAUCUGAAAGCACUGCACUACAUGGAAGCUGUGCAGGGCCGAUUCGAGGCAGAUGUUCACAUUCACGUGCAGCUUUCCAAACAAACAUGGGAACUUGUGUGUGGUCAUUGAGAGUGGGAGGGGGCGCCGUGUACACUCGGACAUGGGAAAGUGGGUUAAAUUCCAGAAAUUCUCCCCCAUCUGAGGCCACACUGUUGCAUAAAGCGGUCUCUACAACUUAUCUUACAUCGUUUGUGUGUGUGUGUGUCCUUUGCCAACCCCACUGGCUAUGGAAAAACAAUUUAACUGGAUUUAAUUUGCUGCCCCCUCCCUGCCUCCUCCCCCCCUCGCUCCCCUCACUUUCUUCUUUUGUGUGCCUCUGAGAGGUUGGGAAUUCGUCUUGCUCCCUAACUCCUCGCCCAGUUCUAGCUGGCUCUGCGCUUUCGACAGGCCAAGGUUGAAGGCAGCUUUAAGGCCUCGGGUCACGUGUGCCGUACCACUGCAGUCUGCCGCCGCGUUGUGACACUUAAACAUAAGAAGAGUGUUCUUGUAAUUUGGGGGGGGAAAGCUCACACCCGGUACAUAAACUGGGAUUAUUGCCGUGUGGAAUAAAACCCCUCGUCUCUGCCUGACAUUUUUGUCCUUAUGUCGGUCCCGUCCUCGUCCUCUGUUUGAUCCAUAUUUAAGUCCCUGAACUCUAAAGGGUUAAAAUGCACAAUAAAGGCAGUUGCCUAGAGCUCCACCACUUUUUCCAUGCUUGCUGGGAAGUUUCCAGUGCUAUUUAUAUAAAACCUCAGGCCUGAUUAUCAAGAAACCCACUUGGCCAUGAUGAAGUAUUUGACAUCAUCGUAGAGUUGAGAUCCAGUCGAACCGUCUGAACUGAACUGGGAUUAUUAUGACACACGUGCAGCGUGUUAGCAUGGACACGCGCACACACACACACACGUUCAUGUGAACUGCUGUGUUUUUACAGUCUUGUUUACUUCAUGAAGAUGGUUUCUCAGUCGGUUUACGACCAAACAAACCGAGAUGCUUUGGUUCAUUCAUAAAAAGAUGGUUUUGGUCGGUGGAAAUAUUAACCAAGUUCCCACCCUACCUUUUUUUAUCAGGAGACUUGAUUUGUUCACAGGGCUUUUUUUACAGUGGAAUGUGUGUUUUUGAAGGUACUGUGUGAAAGUUACAGUGGCUGCACUGACCAGGACUCUGAUCAGUCCAUGUAGGUCAGCACAACGUGGCAAUGAGGUAGUGUGAAAAAGUGAAUUAAGCUAAAUGGAACACGCCCGCCACCCAUUUGACUUUUUUUUUUCAACCCAUUCUCCUCAUAACUUUUAUGAUGUAUACUGUAUAUAUUUAUGUGUGUAUAUGUGUAUAUAUACUCUAUGUAUAUAUGUGUAUAUAUACUAUAUAUAGAAGAGGAAUUAUUGUAUGUGUUUAUUUGUUUCUCUCUAACAGUCGCAGAAGCUAAGGUGACUGCACACUCCGAGUCUGAAUCUGCUGGAGAUCUGCUUAUUUCUGUGUGUGUGUUACAGAGUUUCCUUGGAGGGAUUUUAUUUCCAUGUCCGUUCACUAAAGUCCAUCAAGGACUUGCUUGGGGAUUGGUCCUUGAACCCCCAGCUGUCCACCAACCUCGCCAUGCCAACGGACCUCCACCUGUUUCAACUGCGUCUGCUGCUUUGAGAGUCAUAGACAUAAUCAUCAACCUGAACCAGGAGAAAAACACAGACAAACCACACACAAAAAGGCGUUCUACCCUGGCCUGGAUCAGUGAGCCUUUUCUGUGUAAGACAUCAGGUGCAAUCGGUUCUGCAUAAACAGUAUGUGUUGGAACAGUGUGAGGAAGCUGGAGAACACCAGCACUCCACACAGGAAGACCAGCACUUAGAGCUGGCCUAUCCAAAUAGCAGACCGGGGGUCACGACCUCAGAGUGGACCGCUGUGAGAAACUCGGAGAGUCCCAAUUCAACUCAACACUCUCUGAUGCCUGGCAAAUCUGAAAUAUAAUAUCCACGGGAUAUGAAAAUCUGGCCACACUAACGCUACACUGGACCAGCCCUGGGCGAGGGCCAGGAAUCGAACUGGUGACCUCCUUGUAUACUUCUCUCGUCAUCAUCGUCAUCAUCAUCAUCAUCAUCAUCAUCCACAGCAGCAGCAGCAGCAGCAUCACAGUGGUACCACUUUGGAACUUUUUUUUCUCCUGGACUCCCUCCCCUCCUGUGUGUAAACUCCUCCCCUCCACUUUCUCAUCCUCUGCUCACAUCAGUCAGCUGUGUGGGAAUUCCAGCAGCUUUCUUUCUUUCUUCCUUCCUUCCUUUCUUUAUUUCUUCUUCCCUCUCUCUCCCGCGCUCUCUCUCUCCGGGGAUGUGCAUGGAUGUUUCAGCGGGAGAGGAGAUGUCUCUGCCCGGCGCCACACUCCGUCAUCAGUCGGACCAGAGGAAGGUCCGGGCCAGGCGGAAACGGCGAAAAGAGUUGCUUUUGAUCCAGAUCUGUUUGUUCGGAGGUUUGCUGCUGCUCGUCAAGGGCUUUUCCUACUUGGCGGAAAAUUCAGGUUUCGACGUGUCCCGCGAUGUCAGCCAGGACCAAGAGCGAUGGGGAGGAAGGAGACUCCUGCAGGAAAUGGACAACAGCAGCCUGGAGGAGCUGGAGUUUGAAGAACCCAAGAACUGCACUGCCCCAGCUGUGCACGAAUUCCCCACAGACCUGUUUACCAACAAAGAGCGGACACAAGGAGCUGUGGCCCUGCACUGUCUCUGCACCAUUUACAUGUUCUGUGCCCUGGCUUUGGUCUGUGAUGACUAUUUUGUUCCAUCCCUGGAGAAGAUAUGUGAGCGUCUCCACCUGAGUGAGGACGUAGCCGGUGCGACCUUCAUGGCUGCUGGCAGUUCGGCCCCGGAGCUCUUCACCUCAGUCAUUGGAGUCUUCAUCACCAAGGGUGACGUGGGGGUGGGGACCAUCGUGGGCUCAGCUGUCUUCAACAUCCUCUGCAUCAUCGGUGUUUGUGGCUUCUUCGCUGGUCAGGCAGUGAAGCUCUCUCACUGGGCUCUACUCAGAGAUUCCAUUUUUUACACCUUUUCUGUCACAGCUCUGAUUGCGUUCAUCUACGAUGAGAAAGUGUGCUGGUGGGAGUCUCUCGUCCUGGUUCUCAUGUACACAGUCUACAUCCUCAUGAUGAAAUUCAACGGCAGGGCACAUCGCUACUUUGACCGACGGAAGAAGAGCUCAGUGAAACUGGCCAAUGGGCUGACAGGAAGCACCGACCUGGAGGACGUCACCUGUGACGCCACAGCAGUUCUGCUCAGAACAACGAACUUCUACCGUAAGCCGUCAGUGCUGAUGGUGGAUGAGCUGCUGUCUGCCUACCCCCACCAACUGUCCUUCUCUGAGGCCGGAAUGAGGAUCAUGAUCACCAGUCACUUCUCGCCUAGGACCCGUCUCACCAUGGCGUCACGCAUGCUUAUCAAUGAGAGACAGAGGUUGAUCAACACCACAGAGACUCGGGUCAAUCGCAUCACCAAUGGCGACUCUGAAUCAGCAGCCAGGAGUCAGGGGAGGCGGGGCUUAGAAAAUGGUAUGGGCGGAGGAAGUGACGGCAGAGGUGGACUUCAGCGACUGGAAUCGGGCAACGAGACGGAGAACGAAAAUGAGGACAAUGAGAACAAUGAGAACGACGAGGAGGGGGAAGAAGUUGAUGAUCGUGGGGGGCCACUGGUGCCAUUCAAGGUUCCAGCUGGUGUGUGUCUCAAACUGAAGUGGCUGACCAUGUGGCCACUGUCUCUGCUCCUCUUCUUCACCGUGCCUAACUGUGCCAAGCGCCGCUGGGAGCGAUGGUUCAUGGUGACCUUCUUCACCGCCACCAUCUGGAUUGCUGGCCUUUCAUAUANGGUUAUAUGGAUGGUAACUGUGAUUGGAUUCACGCUCGGUAUUCCUGACGUCAUCAUGGGAAUCACCUUUCUGGCAGCUGGCACUAGCGUUCCUGACUGCAUGGCUAGUGUCAUAGUGGCUCGACAAGGUAUGGGAGACAUGGCCAUCUCCAACUCCAUAGGCAGUAACGUGUUUGACAUCCUGGUGGGCCUGGGUCUGCCAUGGAUGCUGCAAACGCUCUGCAUCGACUACGGCUCCAAUGUUCAUCUGAACAGCAAAGGGCUGAUUUUUUCAGUCGGACUCCUGUUGGCCUCAGUGUUUGUCACUGUUCUGGGAGUCCAUUUAAACAAAUGGACUCUGGACCGUCGGCUGGGCUUGGCCUGUCUCCUCUUGUACGCCAUCUUUCUGUGUUUCUCCAUCCUCAUCGAGUUCAACGUCUUCAUCUUUGUCAACCUUCCCAUGUGCAGAGACAUCCACUGACCCCCCACCUCCUGUCCCAUUUCCUCCUCUUCUUCUUCUACUUCAACUCCUUCCUCUGGCUGAUGGAGAGAACAUCAGCAGCAGAACCAAGUCCUACCUUCCUUUUAUUCCACAUAGAAAUAGAGAUGUAUAGAAUUUAUCUUUGGUGCAGUACAAAAGUCCACGAGAUAGAGAGAGAGAGAGGGGGACGGAGGGGGUGGGCAGCAGAGGUCGGGGGUUUGGCUGGACUCUAGAAGUGGCUUUGACAGGAAGUUCCACCAGCAGCAUUUGGUGCCAAUGGUCUCAUGGACUGAGGGUUUGAAGAACAGGAGCGUGGCGGUGUGUUAACGCCGUCAGGCCGCCGUUGGUGUAAAAGACUGUGUCUGACGGGCUGACGGAAGGAUGGUGCAGUCACAGCUGGACCAUCCGUGACUCUUUGUACAAGUUUGGACAAAGCACACAGUUUAGAGUAUUUUUAGGUGAACAACAGUCUUUCUCUGUAAAUAAGCCAGGGCUUUUAUUUAGUGAUUUUAGCUGAUACUGUAUGAUACUGGACUCUUAUAUGCAUAAGUGGAUCGGUCUUGCGGAGCCAAGCCACCCGUGGACAGUGACGCUUUACGUUAGUGAUUUUGGUCUGCCGGUGACACACUCGCUGUGCUGAGUAGCAGCCAGUGUAGCAUGCUGUUGUAGCCACCAGUCAGGAUUAGCUUCAGACUGACAGAGAGGAUCUAGAUGUCUAACACUAUUGGUGUCAUAGAGAAUAUUCUUGUUCCAUUUCCUGUCCACCUAGAUGUGGCAUUGUAAAGUCCCGCGACGGAAUCCAUGUUAGGAAAGGAUUUUCUCUGGAACCGAUUCCAGCACUGUCACUUUAUGGGACAAAUAUAUUGUGAGAGGGUGGCUCAACUGAAGCUAAAGCUCCUUUCUAGACAGUCCAGCUGUCGUGCUGUAUAGACAGUGGUUUCGUUUUUAGUUCAGUUGGAAUUACAUGUUACGUUUUGAAGCCAAAAGUAUUUUUUAGGGUCUUUUAGGAAGACGAGGCGUUGGUUCGGACUGAGGAGUCGAGUCCACUGUGUGUGUGUGUCUGUGUGAUUGAGGGUGCUUUUUGUGUUGUAGGCCAAAAAAUGUUUGGAAGACUCAUAGGAAUGAGACCUGGACAACAUUGGUCUCAGACUCAGAGUUUGGAGUUGUCCGUCUUUUAGGCUGUUCUCCAGGAAAAUAAGGUUUGAUAACAUUGCCCCUGUAGAGAACACGUGUGCAUGAACUAUGGUAGUUACUCACAGCUUCUCAAGAGUAAACGACUUGACUGUCUUAUAGUGCUACUAUCCAGGUCAUGGGCCACGUACUAGAAGUGGAAUUACCUAAAUUUAUCUCGGACUCAGCAGUCGUCUUUAAUCUCAGACACUCUCACUGACUUUAUUCUCUUCACAAAUCACUGAUGAAUUCGUAUUCCUGUUCUUCGUGGUUGGACAUGCGUUACCUUUUACCUAUAAAG